UGGUUUAGGUUGUUUCUGACUGGGGGAUGAGUUGGAGGUAGAAACCUCACAGAUUAUCGUUAUAAUUUUCAAUAAACGCAAUACUGUACAUAAUAACAGCUUAAACAAAGAAUGCGAAGGGUUACGCUUUUUGUCAACGGCUCCUCCAAAAAUGGCAAGGUUGUAGCAGUAUAUGGCACUUUGUCAGAUCUCUUAUCCGUCGCCAGCAAUAAACUGGGAAUCAGGGCUAGUAACUUAUACAACGGCAAGGGAGGGCUCAUCGAUGAUAUAGCACUGAUUAGAGAUGAUGAUGUGCUGUAUGUGUCAGAGGGAGAAGCAUUUGUCGAUCCUCAGAGUGAGGGGAAGGCAGCCGAGGACCGUUCAGGCUCCCACACUGAUUGGCUGACUUUGAAUAUUGGUGGGCGGCUCUUCACGACCACACGGAGUACUCUUGUGAGUAAGGAGCCUGAUAGCAUGCUGGCCCACAUGUUUAGAGAGAAGGAUGUGUGGGGCAACAAGCAAGAUGAGCGAGGAGCCUACCUCAUCGACCGCAGUCCAGAGUACUUUGAGCCUAUUCUGAACUACCUUCGACAUGGGCAACUUAUCGUUAAUGAAGGAAUCAACUUACUGGGGGUCCUAGAAGAAGCGCGGUUCUUUGGAAUUGAGCGACUUGCUGAACAGCUGGAAGUUGCCAUUAAGAACUCCCAUCCUCCUGAGGAUCACUCUCCCAUCUCCCGAAAAGAGUUUGUGCGUUUUCUUCUCGCCACGCCCACCAAAUCAGAGCUGCGCUGUCAGGGUCUGAAUUUCAGUGGGGCGGACCUUUCUCGACUGGACCUGCGCUAUAUCAAUUUCAAGAUGGCUAACCUGAGCCGCUGCAAUCUCAGCCAAGCAAACCUGUGCUGCUCGAACCUGGAGAGGGCCGACCUCUCUGGGGCAAACCUGGAUGGUGCUAACUUGCAGGGUGUUAAGAUGCUGUGCUCCAAUGCUGAAGGUGCCUCACUGAAGGGCUGUAACUUCGAGGACCCAUCUGGACUUAAAGCCAACCUGGAGGGUGCCAAUCUGAAGGGGGUGGAUAUGGAGGGCAGUCAAAUGACUGGUAUAAACCUGCGCGUAGCUACAUUGAAGAAUGCCAAGCUGAAGAACUGCAACCUGCGAGGGGCCACAUUAGCAGGGACUGAUCUAGAGAACUGUGACCUUUCGGGCUGUGACCUACAAGAAGCGAAUCUGCGUGGCUCAAACGUGAAGGGAGCUAUCUUUGAAGAGAUGCUGACUCCACUGCACAUGUCACAGAGUGUGAGAUAACCACACCACAUUACUCCGCGCUCUCACUUCCUUAGUAGCCAGCCUAUUGCUGUACAAUAUGUCGUGUGAUGCGCCCCUUUGGAACCAAUAUAUGCAAUAUUGGCACCCCCCUCCCCUCAAAAAGAAACCUCCCCCCAAGCUUUACUCUCUUGCACUAGUGCACACCCAGGGUCUUUAUUGGCGAAAGCCUCGUGUAGGAUUCCAAAUAUGUAACUCUCCAUCUUGACCAUUUGUUAUACCAAAUGUAUUUGUAUUUGUAUGUGUUUGUGUGUGUAUUUAUAUUUAUGUUGGAUUUAAUCCACAGGAGGUGGUUUCCCAGACACUAAUUAAGCCCAGUCUUGAACUAAACUAUGGUGUCAUUUCUUAUUCUCUAAUCAAAAUCCCUUUUAGUCUCCACCUCGGCUUAAACUGUAUCUAGGAAACCGACUGUAAGUGUUAGAAGUUUGAUUUUUAGUGAAUGUAUACCUUUUUUCCAUGUGUUGUGGAAGUACGUAAAUUUAGUAAUAUUGAAACAACCAAAUAUCUAUUGCAUUUUAGUUGUAGAAAGUGCAUAUAUGUGAUAUGCAGGUUUCUCUAUAGCUGCGUUCAGACUGCAGGAAAAAGUGGUCCAGAUCCAAAUCUGAUUUUGCUGUUUACAAUUUAAAAGGGAAUUCCACCCAUUUUUGAAAAUUUCUGCAUAAUUUAGUGCAGAGAUGUUAAUACAUUCAUUCAGAGGGGUUUGACAUUUGUCUGAUUCUCACUCCUGAACUGACCUGCAUGUGCAAUAGAACACUGAUCCACCCAACAUGCUCAUCCAAACACCGCUGUCCGAACUUUGUUUAAGAUUAAAAGAUUCCUUUUAUGUGACACUGAACUUCAGCAUGUGCAAACCAAUACUUUACACUUGGAGGGCAAACAGAAUACAUUUGAACAAAGUUUACAGAAAAGAGUAAACGUUGUUCAUUUCCCUGCUAGUUUUAAAGAGGAAUUCCACCCAUUUUUCAAAAUUUCUGCAUACUCAGUGGCAGAGAUGUAAAUAAAUUCAUUCAGAGUGGUUUGAUGUGAAAUUCUCAAUUGUAGAGAAACUUGCAGACUGGAUUUCUUUGCAGUGGUGGUGAUAGGAACCAGAGGUUGCAAUGUUUACAACACAAAUACAGCGAUUUUAUUUACUGUCUAAAAUCUCCACUGAACCUACACCCACAGUUUUUUUAAGUGUAGUGUUGAUGAUGGUAAAAUAGUGGUACAACUGUAAUUCUGUGGGGAUUAAUUUGCCCUAUAACUCCCUGCAUAUACCCCUCCACCAUGAAUGGAUUGUUAAUGGAUAUGUUAAUGUUAAAACAAUGUAUCAGGCAUCAAUGUAUUUAUAACUAUUUA